GUGAGACUGAACUUUCUCUCAUAAACAACUCUUCACAGUUUGCUAUGGAUGAUACAGAAGAAAAGGCCAUUUGUGAUCACUGCAAUAAGGAGGUGGCCAAGGUGAACUUUCCCAUGCAUGAAGCUCACUGCCAGCGUUUCCUCUGUCUGUGCCCAGACUGUGAUGAGCAGGUGCCAAAGGAACAACUCGAAGAGCAUCGACUGGAACAACACACUCUGGUAAAAUGUAAACAGUGUAAUAUGAAAAUAGAACGAUGCAAGCUUGCAGAUCAUGAAAAGGAUAAUUGUCCGAAAAGGCUUCAAAUUUGUGAGUUCUGUCAGCUAGAGGUGCCUGCGAGCAGUCUUAAGGAGCACACACUGGCAUGUGGGAGUCGCACUGAGCGCUGCCAGGAGUGUAAUCAGUACGUCAUCCUGAAAGACAGACUUCAACAUGCUCAGUUCUGCCUCGCUGAGGAUCAGAUUAACAACUAUGACAAAAAUACAAAACCAAUGCCAGGAAAUACUCUACAGCAACAAAAGCUUGUGGAUUUUUACUACAAUCAAACUGAUCUGGAUGACGAUAUGAGAGAAGACUUCGAGUCAGAAGACACCAGCCUUUCACUGUCAGCUCUGCAGAAGAAGAAGUGGAGUGGAAAAAUGGACCGGGCAGAUCAGGACAUUAGUACCUGUUCACACUGCCACCUGACACUGCCAAUAAAGACACUGCAAUGGCAUGAGAACAAAUGUAGAGUUUUUGAAAUGUUGAAAUUGAAGAUGUAAUGGAAAUAACACAUGAGGAAUGAUGGCUUAAACAGCUGCACAGCGGAUCCAGGAUCGCAGACGUCCUCACUGAGUCAAACUGUUUUUAAGAAAAUAAUGUGUGUUAUGUUUACUAACUUUUUUCUAAAAGUACUAAUGCUUACAUGCACUACAUGACCAAAAGUAUGUUGACACCUGUCCCGAUCAUUAAAAUUAGAUGUGUCAGAAAGACCUGUUUUCAAAAUUACUUACAUAAAAUACAUUACCUGCUUUAUGGCAGCAGUUUAGGGAAGGCCAUUUGCUGUUUCAGUAUGACUGUGCACCUGUGCACAAAGCAGGGUCCAUAAAGACCUAACCUUAUUCUUACCGAACGUCAUAUUAAUUCCCAUGGAUUUAGAAAGACAUGUUGAACAAGGUCAUGGUUAGGUGUCCACAUACUUUUGGCCAUAUAGUGCUAUUUAUUGGCCAUACUUUGGCUAUAGUGCUAUUGGCCAGCUGGGUGUCAACACUGACAUGAGGAGCUUGAUUUAAGAAGAGAUGAGGGGGAUCCCCCAGAAUAAAAAAUUAUACAAAAAAUCCACCAUGUAAAACUUUCAUCUCUACUUUCACCACAUUUGGAUUAAUGUGAUGUCAUUCAUAAUGUCUUGUUGAUAUGUUUAGUAUACCCAUGUGUGUGAUUAACAUCACAAUGUUUUGAGCAUAUCAGAAAUUUGUUCAUGUAAAAUAUCAAUAAAUACAGAUGAUGUGG